AUGGAACAACGAGACAAAGUUCUACAAGGUGGAUAUGUGUUUUUCGAUCGGAAACCUGUGGUCAUGAAGCCAUGGAAUCCAAUUGACGAUUUCACUAAAGAUGACAUUACUAGUGUUCCAACUUGGAUACAAUUAAAGGGAUUGGAUAUCAAGUAUUGGGGGGAGAAAUCCUUGUUCAAGAUUGUUGGGCAAAUUGGCACACCUUUGCAAGUCGACAAUGUCACAAAGUAUGAAUUUGAUCAUGAUAUUGAGUUAGAGGUGAAGUAUGAAUGGUUGCCGUUAGUUUGUUACAAUUGUUCGGGUUUGGGACAUGAGACCAAAAAUUGUAGGAAGAAAAUGGAAGGGAAGGACACAGUGAAACAACAAUGGAUUCCCAAGGAACAUGUGAAUGAGGUGGAGAAGAUGGCAUCUACAGUGGAUGAGGAAGGCUUUCAAAAAGUUGAAAAGAGGAAAAAAGUUAUAAUUGAUGAUGUGCCUGCUGCUACAGAAGUGGCCAAUCGGUUUGAUGUGUUGGAAAACCAGGAGAAAGAGGUUCUUAACAGUUGUACUAGAGAGGGGGGAGAUCCCUCUACUUCCAAUGGAUAG